AGGUUGACUCCUGGUGACGUCACGCAGAGACGGAGAGAGCAGGGGGAAAGGAGGAGGCAGACAGAAUGGCUGCCCAGUGCCGCAGCUCCAAAUGCACCGUAGAAAGGAAAGGAUUCAGGCGGGAACUCGAUACCUGGCGGCACAAACUGAUCAACUGCGUGGGGUUCGAGAGCAUUCUGGAGGGAAUCUAUGGCCCGUUGCUGCUCAGAGACCUCAAUAUUUUUGAUGACUGUGAACCAGAGGAGCUAGAGGACUGGGCAGUGAAGGCCAGUUGUUCCUUCUGCAGCCUGCUGAUCAAUGACCAUGUCCCAGUGGCCGCCUCCCCCCUGCCCUCCCCCUCAGACGACACGCCCGUCCAAGCCCCUUCCCUCUCGGACAGCAGCCUAUCAGCUCACAGGUUCCUCCACGCUGUGUUCCAUAAGAAAGAGCUGGCGUCCAGCGGAGACCCUAACGUUCCUCUGGUGGCCCAGGAACUGAUGAGGAGGAUGGUCAGGCAGUUCGCUAUGGAGUACGCCUCCAAGACACACCUUACCACCUCUACCAUCACGGGCUCCCAGCAGUCUGGCCUCGACACACCGCUAGACCUCACUGUGACACGGAACCAGGAGGAGGAACCCACAACAGCGGACAGUGUGCUCGACCUCUCCAAGCGGAACUCUGCCAGCUCCGCCUCCACGUCACCCACCAUUCACAAAGCCUCAGGCUCCCUGUUGCCCACGGUUACGGAUGAGCCCCAGAGGGAAGCAGAGGAUGCCGGGAUGCCCGAUGCCCCAAGUGGGAGGAGCUCUGCUCUGGAGGCGGUCCGCUCCUCUUUAUGCCCCGCCCAUCGCUCUCUGCUCCAGCGAAUCCUGAGGCUCGCCCACCAGCAGCACCGUCUAUCAUUGGCCUACAGGGACGCCCAUCGCCGCCUGGCCCAGCCCACAGACCCUCUCUGCUGCCACCUGGUGGCCAAACAACAGGACGACACUUCCUCGCCUCCUCCCUUUACUGAGUGUUGGAGCCGUAGUGGAGCCUCGCGUCAGACUGACUGGAGGACACCAGGUGGUCCAGGCUGUUGCUGUGUGCAGCGCUGCAGGCUGCCUCCUGUCUGUUUCUGCCUCCAGAGACUCCACUGCCUGUCCUGCCAGAGCCUGUCCCUGGGACACAUGACCACUGGGGUUCGCUCCUCCUCUUCUCUCUGCACUUUCACCUCCUCCGCCUCUCUUUCAUCCUCCGCUCUGUGCACUAACCCCUCAGUCUGUCCCGUGGCCUCUGUCUGUUGCUCCAACCCCCAGCCCUGCGCCUCCUGCUGCUCAGAACACACCUACCUGGCCCCGGUCAGACACACAGCCCCGGGAGGAGGAAGCGAGUGCCCUGUCCUCAAGAGAGAGAGAUCCCGCACCCCCUCUCCUCCCCCUCUCUCCCCCAUCCCCUCAGACAUGGACGGAAAGGAGGAAGACAAGCCUCCCUCUCUUCUGCAGCAGGAGGGGGAGAAAGAGGAGGAGGCCGGGUGUGGUGGGGAGGUGGGCGAGGACCGGGAGCAGCAGGACCUGGUGGAGCGAUUCAGUGACAAACUAAAGACAAUCAGACCCCAGGAGAAGGAUCCCCCCCUCAGCUCUGCCUCAGCCAAUCACAACCUAGAGAAGGAUCCCCACCUGACGACCUCGGCCAAUCAGCACAUAGCAGAGUCCCAGGCCGACGCCCACCUGAGUGAGAUCAUCACCACCGUUCUGAACACGGGUGGCGGCAGCGACUACAGCCUAAACGACAUGUUGCAUCACCAUGACAACAACGAGAGCCAGCCGCCUCGGACGCGUUCCCGGCGGCGACAGGAGGCCAUGACGACUCUGCCCGACCAGUCGUCCACCCGGCGCCAGACCGUGCUAAUCAAACGGGAGCUGGCCAGGCUGAACCAAUCGCUGGGCAGGAGGCUGUCGCUUGGGAAGAACAAGAGCCGCAGUGCCAAGCCCUUUUCUACCUGCUCCUCACCUGAACCAACCCCUGUUACAGCAGAGAUGGACAGAAUCACAGAGGAGGAGGGAGAGACCGAGAGGGUGAAGGAGGGAGAGAGGGUGAAGGAGGGAGAGAGGGUGAAGGAGGGAGAGACGGAGAGGGUGAAGGAGGGAGAGACGGAGAGGGUGAAGGAGGGAGAGACCGGUAGAGUGAAGGAGGUAGAGACCGGUAGAGUGAAGGAGGGAGAGACCGGUAGAGUGAAGGAGGGAGAGACCGAGAGGGUGAAGGAGGGAGAGACCGGUAGAGUGAAGGAGGGAGAGAGGGUGAAGGAGGGAGAGACGGAGAGGGGGAAGGAGGGAGAGACCGGUAGAGUGAAGGAGGGAGAGACCGGUAGAUUGAAGGAGGGAGAGAGGGUGAAGGAGGGAGAGAGGGUGAAGGAGGGAGAGAGGGUGAAGGAGGGAGAGAGGGUGAAGGAGGGAGAGAGGGUGAAGGAGGGAGAGAGGGUGAAGGAGGGAGAGAGGGUGAAGGAGGGAGAGAGGGUGAAGGAGGGAGAGACGGAGAGGGUGAAGGAGGGAGAGACCGGUAGAGUGAAGGAGGGAGAGACCGGUAGAGUGAAGGAGGGAGAGACCGGUAGAGUGAAGGGGGGAGAGACCGGUAGAGUGAAGGAGGGAGAGACCGGUAGAGUGAAGGAGGGAGAGACGGAGAGGGUAAAGGAGGGAGAGACGGAGAGGGUAAAGGAGGGAGAGACGGAGAGGGUGAAGGAGGGAGAGACGGAGAGGGUGAAGGAGGGAGAGACGGAGAGGGUAAAGGAGGGAGAGACCGGUAGAGUGAAGGAGGGAGAGACGGAGAGGGUGAAGGAGGGAGAGACGGAGAGGGUAAAGGAGGGAACGACGGAGAAGGUGACAGCAGAGGAGGCAGAUCCAGUGAGAGUUACGAAGGAUAGAGUCGGCGUGAAGGAGGAGAUGGAGAAACCCCCAGUCCUCUCCUCUACACAACAGAGUCACCCGCAGGAGGACCAACACAAACCAGAGAGCUGGAACAGCACCUGUCAGGACAGCAGUAGGAGUGACCUCCCUGAGAAGAGGAGGAGAGAGGAGGAGUCACCAGGUAGUACCAGCAGCGCCUGUGACCAUGGCAGUGACCUCCCUGAGAAGAGGAGGAGAGAGGAAGAGGAGGAGUCACCAGGUAGUACCAGCAGCACCUGUGACCAUGGCAGUGACCUCCCUGAGAAGAGGAGGAGAGAGGAGGAGUCACCAGGUAGUACCAGCAGCACCUGUGACCAUGGCAGUGACCUCCCUGAGAAGAGGAGGAUUGAGGAAGAGGAGGAGUCACCAGGUAGUACCAGCAGCACCUGUGACCAUGUCAGUGACCUCCCUGAGAAGAGGAGGAGAGAGGAGGAGUCACCAGGUAGUACCAGCAGCACCUGUGACCAUGGCAGUGACCUCCCUGAGAAGAGGAGGACAGAGGAAGAGGAGGAGUCAGUAGGCUGCAGCAAGGACAGUAGCAGAGUGUCAGCCAGGAUUAGCCCGUCCCACCCCUGCAGAACCAGGAAGUCCCAGCCAGGCAGCAGCAGCGAGGUGGUGGUGGGGAGGAGCAGCGAGGCUGGGAGGUCCAGGAGGAACAUCGUCCCUCCCCAGCGGUUCUCCUCCUACGUCACAGAGCCCAGGAUGAUGUAUUCUGUUGCCUGUUUCUCAGAGAGAAUCUUCUCCGCCCAGAGGACGCCAAAGGAUCGGCCGCCACUAAAUGGCCCCAACACCAAUCACACAGACUCCCCAUCCUCGGCCACAGACACGGCUGAGGUGUUGUGCGAAGCAAGAGAAAAGGAAUUACCGCUGGCAUCCAGUCCUGAGGUUGUCAGUCAGGAGAGAAGGGGAGGCAGAGGCUGUAGAUCAACGGCAACGGGUCAGAGUUCAGACCGUGAGUCACAGAGACGAGGUCAGGUGAUUCCUGUCACUGCAGCUUCCUCUGAGCAGCAGAGUCCCCCUAAACACCGCUCCCAGAACACGGCAGACGUUAGGCUCAGAGCAGCCAAACCUUUUGGGCGCUUACGCUCCUCCCAACAGUCCCAACCAGCGAGCCCUCGCACAGCCUCCAGGCCAGAGGGUGAGGUCCCCACAGAGCAGCCUCAGUACACCAGCCCCAUCAAGCUGAUGUUUGUGUCUGCAGUAGUGGGUGAGGAGGGGGUGAGGUACACCCUGAAGGCGGCUGCACCAGGAUCCAGCUGGCAUGGACAGGAGACAUUUGACCCCUGUGAGGAGUCAUCGUGGACAGGAAGUCCAGAGAAGACCCCAGAGAAGACUCACAAUCCACCUAAGACCAGGAGUCCCCUCCAGACCAGGAGUCCCCUCCAGACCAGGAGUCCCCUCCAGACCAGGAGUCCCCUCCAGACCAGGAGUCCCCUCCAGACCAGGAGUCCCCUCCAGACCAGGAGUCCCCUCCAGACCAGGAGUCCCCUUAAAACUAGGAGUCCCCUCCAGACCAGAAGUCCCCUUAAAACAAGGAGUCCACCCAAGAACACUGUAUCGUCAUCACCAAAGCUGUGUGGAACGAUGAGAGGAGGAGAGGGAGGUAGCCCACCAAAACGCUCCCCCGGGUCCCAGAACGGAGAGGGCCCGCCUCCUUUUCGUGAAACCACCCCCACGAAGAGACGUCCGGGACGUCCCAAGAAGCUAGGUCCCCAGCUGGAGAAGAGGGCCAAGAGGCCGAUCGGCCGCCCGCCCAAGCAAAAGGGUGUAGAGCCGAGCUGUGGCUCCAGGCAGGGUGGUCAGGACCGAUCCGGUGGAGAUCCCUUAGGCUGCAGCACCGGGGAGGAGGGCAACGAGCAGAGAGACCCAGCCAACAGGAACCUAAAGAUCACCGUGGUGUACGGACGCUCCCACAGGACCAAGAGGACAGUGUCGGAGGAGGCUGCUUGUCUCCAGGCUACAGAGCAGCUGAUGGAUCUGAACUUCGUCAGACCGGUGAAGGAGAAGAGGUUCGCUCCCCACGCCAGCAACAGCAGCAACAUUAUCAAGUGCCAGAAGCUGCAGUGUACCGCGGCCAUGCGUCGUCCAGGGAGACCCGCCAAGGUCAAGAUCUCCGGAAUCUCCGUUACCGUCACCACCACGUCGCCGGGGAAACGCAAGAUCCACAUGAACCGGGACGCAGCCAGGAAAUCUCCGGAAAAGCUCUGUCGGCGGAAAGCCCUCCUUCCUGAACCCCAGCCUUCCAAAGAGCCAAUCAGCAGCACGCCGACUAGCGAGGACGCCACUCGGAUGCAGAUAGAGAGAACGACAGAGUCCAAGGAUGGAGAGAGGGAGCGACAGACCCAGACUCCUCCUCUGUUGGCAGUGCGUCACUCCGUGAGGGUGAGGAAGCCUUCAGUGUACCUACUUCACUCUGUAGCCACCUCCACCUCUAGGUCCCUGAGCCACAGUACCGCCCUGCUGCGCCGAUCCAGACAGCUACUGAUCAACAGGGCCAGCAGCCAAGGCAGCCAUCGCAGGAGGAGGGAGGAGGGAGGAGAGGACACCCCAAGGCAGGAGGAGCUGCUGUCUGGGAGGGAGGAGAGGAGCGAGGGAAGAGGAAGGGUGUUGUGUGAGGACCUGAGCCAGGUGGCGGGGGUUUCGGUAGACUCCAUUUUCCCGGCCAGUUCCAGCGAGGCGUUGAGGUGGUGGCCCGUCUCCUCCGACCAGGACAGCCUGAACCAAGAGCUGGCUCGCAGGAUCCGCCUCAUAUCCCACAGCUGGGUCACUUCCGCUGCCGCUACCACCCACACCACCAGGACGGGGACGAUCACGUCCGCCAAGCAGACACUUGACGACGACUCUUUGUCCUCCUGGAAGCCAGAGGUUGGGUCGGCAGUGCGGCUGCUGUUUGACCAGCGCUGCAGCGUGGAGAGGCUGGCCUCCUGGUUCAUGCAGACCACUGAGACUCAGUCUCUGGGCAUUGUGAAGAAGACCAGCUCUCGAAACCCCUACGAGCUCCUGCACUACCCCCGGACCGCCAGCAGGGGGAGUGUCUUUCCCAGCCCGCAGACCAUGCGACUACGCAAACACAUCAAGAAGUUUGCCAAAGCUGUGCCGAAGAGCCCCGCCCAGCUCCGUCUGGCCCAGGAACGGCUCCGACGUGGAAAAGAGCUGAAUGCCAGGCGGUGUCUGUUCACUGCGAGGCCGGCGUCAGGCGGGCUGCGUCUCAGAGCUCCUUGGAUGAAGGUCAGGGCCCUCGGGACGUACAGAACCACUCUGCUCAGAGUCAGAGAAAAGUUUCUCACCUGGACCCUCAGAGUCAAGCGGCCCAACAGGCUGAGGUACAACCAGGCGAUCUGGAGGAGAAGCCCGGUGGAGGUAGGCAAAUCACCUCACCAGGUCUGGCCUUCUGCUCGGCCCAGGGAGGAGCUCACCUGUUCUCCACAUCACCACUGUCUACCUGCCGCCUCAGAGACCAGUCAGCCCUGCGGCCCCGAGCAGCCGACAGGCCUCACCAAACAGCAGCGUCUCAGCUCUAAAGCCUGGAGUCCGGAGAGACUGAAGGAGUGUUGCGUGUUCCUCAAGAAGAUCAACUCCCCCGACACAGAGUCCACCGUGGAGAAGGAGUGGGACGUCUGCACCGUCAAUCUAGACGACACGUACUGCCCCGACGAGACCCGACAGGAGGAGAGGAGGGAAGAGUACGACAAAGCUGUGAAAACUGAGAGAAGGAAGAGUAGAGUUCCCUGGAAGGAGUCUAGCGGCUCGCCGCAGGAGGUGCUGGUUCAGGAGCACAACCGGGUCCGAGCCGGGAACAGGAGAGGCAAACAGAAAAAUUCAGGGAAAGCCACGAGCCAAUCACCGACCCCGCCGCCAACGAAAGCCACGAGCCAAUCACCGACCCCGCCACCAGCGAAAGCCACGAGCCAAUCGCCGACCCCGCCGCCAACGAAAGCCACGAGCCAAUCGCCGACCCCGCCGCCAACGAAAGCCACGAGCCAAUCGCCGACCCCGCCGCCAACGAAAGUCACGAGCCAAUCCCCGACCCCGCCGCCAGCGAAAGCCACGAGCCAAUCCCCGACCCCACCGCCAACAAAAGCCACGAGCCAAUCACCGACCCCGCCGCCAGCGAAAGUCAUGAGAAAAUCGCGUGGGAGGGGCCUGACCGGGCCGCGGUGGCGUGACUUUAUACUGGGAACCUGACUGUCCUCCGUCCCGUCUCCACGGCGACUGCGUCGUAUAACUGUAUCGGGGACGCUCCUCCCUCCGUCUCCACGGCGACUGCGUGGAAACGACUCGGUGCCUUCAGACUGUCCCUCGGGCAUUAUGUAGCAGAAGGAAAAGUUUAACCGGAAGAAGCUUGACAUUGCACUAUUUUUUCAACUGUUCAGUUCCCCCCCCCCACCCUAACCCUAACCCCCCCCACUGCUUUAAAAAACCAAACUGUGUAUAUGUUUGUACAGAAUGUUUUAACCUUUGACCUUUCUUCUGUCUUGUCUGAUACAACUACCAACCCCCCGUCAAGUUCUGUUGUAAUGAGCCUGGAGGCCCGUUGGCAGAGGACACAUUCAGACUCAACUCUGAGGCUCACAAUGGCACCCUAUUCCCCUAUAUAUAGGGCACUAUUUUAGACCAGGGCCAUAUAAAUGUUCAGGUCAAAAGUAGUGCACUAUAUAGGGAAUAGGGUGCCAUAGGGCUCUGGUCUAAAGUAGUGCACUAUAUAGGGAAUAGGGUGCCAUAGGGCUCUGGUCUAAAGUAGUGCACUAUAUAGGGAAUAGGUUUCCAUUUGGGUCUGAUUCUGUCCAUGAUGUGUGCACUUCACUUUAUAAACGUUAAAGGUUUAACUAUCAGCUUGGAAGGGAGUUUCCACCAUCUUACUAACACUAGUCCAGAUCCACGAGGGACACGUCAGUGUGGUCGGUGGCAGAAUUAGGUUUUUAGUAAUGCUCUGCCACGGCAGCCAUUUUGUAUGAAGGUUAAUGUGUGUCUGCUGCAUUAUAGAAGCAGCACCAUGAGCCGCCUUGGUCUAAAGUAGUGCCCUACCAGAGCCGCCUUGGUCUAAAGUAGUGCCCUACCAGAGCCGCCUUGGUCUAAAGUAGUGCCCUAUAUAGAGAACAAGGUGCUAUUUGUGACUUAAACCCUACUACUUCACAUCGACUCUGUCCAGAAGCUACGGGCUCAUCUCUAAGGACACCGUAUCCUCGACGAAGUACACUACUUUGGACCGUGGGGUGAAGAAGACGAGGACGCCGAGGAGAAUGUGACCCGGGAUUCCUCCGGGAACCACCUUCUAGUGUGCUUGACAUUUUUUUUAAAGCUAAAUGUUGAUCUCUGCUAACGGGGCGACGUGGACUUUAAUCCUGGACUUUUGUCUUUUUAAACGAUGUUGUUGUCGGGUUCUUUGGGCUUUUCUGUCUGUUUUUUGGUUUUUCACGCAGAGCAUUAAUGAAUUAAACGUGAAGGAGAUCAGA